AUGCUUUCGUUCCCCGCACCGAGCGUCUACCAGUCGCCAAAAUGCUUCGUGAGCUACGGCACGAUGGCUCACGUCGAGCCCAAGCAGCUGCCGACCAAGGGCAAGCCGUGGGCGCCCAUCCUGAGUCAAGGGUUCAACCACAAGGUUGAUCUCAUCUUGCCUCAAGAGUGCUAUGAGUUGGUGCACCAAAAGCUGGCCAAGGAGCUCGCUCCACCGACAUUUCACAGGGUCGUCAUGACCCUCGGUCAGGUCCUCGACGGAGCUUUUUUCACCGAGUACAUCAAGAGGGGCAAUAUCCUGAUGUUGUCGGAAGGCAAGACGACGGUGGACAACGUCUUUUCGCUACGAGAAGGGCUGCUCACCAUGUAUCUCGAAAAGGAGUCAUACGAGCGGGCUGGCUUGGUGGGGAAGCCUCACGGAGUCAAAGGGAAAAGGGGCUUGAAGCCAAGAUGGGUGGUGAGCUACCAGUUACGAGACCCAUCGAUGCUUCACGGGAAGAAGGGCUUCGACAGACUUUUGUACGCAUGUAAAAAUGCUCUCAACACGCCUGUGACGUGGUUGUUCUGCAACGCGACAGCUACUAUCCCCUCACCGGACCCCCUGGAGCAGUACUUUCCAACAAGAUACACCUGCGAGCCGUCUGUCGUCACUGACUGUCAAGUUCAGAUGGCGCCCCUCACAGUCCCCAGCGAGGUCAUUGCGAGUGGCGACAGACCCAGCCUCGAAGACUAUGCAACAGAGACGUAUGAAUGGCUCUCUUUAAUUCGCCUCCAAAGUCCUCGCGUCGCAGCAGGCGAUAACAUCGACCCGUACUUGUCUCGCUAUCAAACUCCAACGCCUCUCGACUCUGCAUCCCCUCCACAUGACAAGAUCUGCAAGAUCACCUGGCAAGGUUUCUUCACCCCCGUCUGGGUCCGCAGCGUGCUCAUCAAUGCCCUCGUCGCGCUCCCCUCGCGAGCCUGGUUCUCGCUGAGCGCAACCUCCUUCUCCAAGGGUCUGGUCGGGGACAGCGCCGAGGUGGCGUUCCUCCGACCCCCUGAGUCGCCUGGCCAUUACCUCUUCUGGGAAAUCAAGGGCGACGAGUAA